AUGGCAAACUUGUAUUCGUCCCUAGAAGAAACACAUCGUCCUCUCCGUCCAAGUCUCACACCCUCAACAGACUCUCAGAGACAGGAGGCACAGGCACACCAGUCAAUGUCGGAACCAACAUUCAGUCCCACGGGUCUUCUGGGAGAUAGAUAUGACCUACUCAGGCAGGAAAUGGAAGAAAGAUCACGAGCUGCCACGCAGAGACCAAGAGAAAAUCCAUUUAACGGUGGCUUACUCGGGGCUCUUGAUGAGUACGAGAACCAGCAGGUCGAGGUGCCUCGUGGCCAAAUAACUUCAUCAGACACUUGGGGAGUCGGUGCUGGAUUAUCGAGAGCGCCUUCGAGAAGGUCUUAUCACGGGUGUAACUCCACCACCUCUGUUGGAUAUGUCAUCCACGGUACCACAAAGACAACCGUCAUGGCGAGGGACGAGUGGUCAUGGCGUAAGAGCCUCCACUGGUCAACCUUUAUUGACGCUGGCGGAAAACUCGAGAACUUAAUGGGGCACUUCUACUUCCUUGAACAGAAGCCGUUCGAUGGCUGUUCGUCCUUCAGGCGUAGAAAGAUCUGA